CAAUUUGCAGGUCGUUUACGGCUCUGGAUUCGCUUACGAUGCAGAUUUCUGUGAGAUUUCCGCUCGAUGCUGCACCGAGAGGCAGGGAAUACCUCCAUCCUAAUGUCAAUGUACUGUGUUUGCGCGCACCAGGAUGUAAUUACACCAACCGGCUUUCGUUUAAAUGCAACAUCCACCGGUUCAUUUUAACUUGUCAACCAGACAUCUUCUCGCUGUUGCUCUUAAAGAUCAGUUGUUGUUUUUUGGGGGGGCUUUUUUAUUUUCCCGGUGAGCUGGUAAACCUGGGAAAGCUUUUCCUGUACCUCCGGUCGUCCUGAUAAACAGGUACAGCGUGUAGCCUUUUAUGCGCCUGCUUUGACCCCAGUGUGAUAGUUCAGUGGACUAAAUGCGCUGGAGCGACGUCCAUUCAUAGUCAGGCUUUUAAUCCGGUCUAAUGAGAUAGAGACUGCGGUCAGCGAGGGAGUGAGUGCGGGGAUGUUGAAGAGAGAUUCGCCUCUCAGGUCCGAGCUGUGUCAGGAGUCUCCGUCCUGUCUAUGUAUGUAUGUAUGUGUGCGGAUGUAUGUGUGCGCGCGCGCUGUAGCUGCAGCACAGGGAGGAAAAAGGUGAUGAUGCUGUCUGGCAGCUCGCGCUCAGGACGGAUAACGAUGAAGAUGAUGGCGAUGAUGUCAUUGGUGCUCUGGUGGCGGCAGGUUUGUGGUGACAGUCGCGGUGAGAGGUGAGGUGGAAGCAGGACUGCCAUAGCUGCCACAACCAUCAUCAUCAUCAUCAUCACCAUCAUCAUCAUUUGAUUGAGUGACCAUUCUGAAGAAUAGGUUAUAAUCACUUAUCGAAGUCAUACUAUAGCUGAUUGGAUGCUUCUUAUGAAAGAUGCAUCACUCAUCACAUUAAAAGGUGCAUGUCUCCAUUUCGCAAAUAUAAAUCAGAGUUGCAAAGUAACUAAAUGCAUUCACGUCCAAAUACUUAACUUAAGCAUUGUUUUGAAUGUAGAACUAUUUAUGGUGUGAGACCUUUCACUCCGCUACAUUACUAUUGUGAUUUGUGUGGCAGGCUUGAGGGUUUCCCCAAACAGCUGCUGCGAGCUUAACGCCAGCGACUCAGCUCUGGCUUGUCAGGCGGGGGCAUCGUCCAUGUGGGCGUCAUGCUGUGGACUGCUGAACGAGGUGAUGGGCACGGGCACGGUGCGGGCGCAGCAGCCAGGGUUCGGAGCAGGGGCGGGGCCCUUCCGCUUCGCCCCCAGUGCCGGGUACUCCACCUACCCCCCCACCAGCUCAGGGAGCGCCGGACAGCUGUGCAAGGCCUGCGGACUGGCCUUCUCCGUCUUCAGACGCAAGCACAUCUGCUGUGAUUGUAAGAAGAGCUUCUGCGCCCUGUGCUCGGUGCUUCAGGAGAACCUGCGCUGCUGUAUGACCUGCCACCUGCUGCGCGGCACGGCCUUCCAGAGGCCUCGGCUCAUGCAGCUCCGAGUGAAAGACCUGCGCCAGUACCUGCUGCUGCGCAACAUCUCCACCGACACGUGCAGGGAGAAACAGGACCUGGUGGACCUGGUGCUCUGUCAUCAGGGGACGAGGGAAUCCCCGAGACCGGUGGCGGAGAACCAGGACGAGGAGGAAGAGGACGAGGAGGAGGAGGAAGACGAAGAGGACACGCAUGAGGAGGAGGAAGAGGAGGAGGAGGAAGAAGAUGAAGGGGGAGAGGACACAGACAGCCUGCACUCGCUCCCCCACUCGCGCGCCACCUCGCCCCCCUCGGCCACGCGCUCCGCCUCCGAACAGUCGGUGAUCUCCGCCUCUCAGGGAGACGUGCUCAGCCCAAGUGACAGCUCAGGAACCAGCAGCCAGGAGCAGGAGGAUACUCCAACAGCGUCUCUCUUGAACCUGGAGCCCACCGACAAUUUCAUAGAGGUCAGUCCGGCGACACAGAGGAGGAUCAGGGCCUCGCUGUCUGAUCUGGACAAUGAAGAGGCGAUAGAAAACCUCUCCGUCCGCCAGCUGAAAGAGAUUCUCGCCAGGAACUUUGUCAAUUACUCCGGCUGCUGUGAGAAGUGGGAGCUGCUGGAGAGAGUGCAUCGACUCUACAGAGAAAAUGAGCAGAACAGGAAGUCCAUGGAAAAUGUGAGCAUAACUGCAGUGGUUGCAUAUCCUCCACCUCUCAGCAAAAGUGGAGUUGGAGAUGGUGUCAAGGCUCAGCUGGCGGCUGAUGAAAACUUGUGUCGCAUCUGCAUGGACGCCAUCAUCGACUGCGUGCUGCUGGAAUGUGGUCACAUGGUAACCUGCACCAAAUGUGGAAAGAGGAUGAGCGAGUGCCCCAUCUGCAGGCAGUACGUAGUGCGGGCCGUGCACGUCUUCAAGUCUUAAAACUGUGCUCGUCAGAGCGGCCCUCAGGCGCACUUGUGGCCAGAGCCAUGAAUUUAUCACUGAGGAUGAACUACUGUGCAUGACGUCUCACAGGGCCUAAUGCUGCAGCAGGUCCGAGCAACUUCCCGGUCUUUGAAACCAGACUGUUGCCUCCGGACUACCAUGGUCCCCCCCCCAUCCUCCCUUACUAACUCAUGUUCCAGCCCCACUUCUCCUCCCUGUUGGACCGUCAUCAGCUGCACCGGGACACUCACUCUCUCUCUCUUUGGUCUGUUAAACACACAGCAGAAAGCUCUGCCAUCACUUUCUGCUCUCCAUUCUCUGUUUAGUUUGUACUCACGGGAGAGGAGAGGAAGUGGUCCCAUGGAUACUUGAAGAGGAUCAGGUUGUUCUGUAAGGUGAAGAGAAGCAGACAAAUAUAAGAUCCCAGGGUUAGAGUCAAUAGGGUUUACACAGUCAUGCCACAUGACGCCGUGUUAUCUCCCUCAGUGUUCUUUUAGGAUGUGCAAUAUUUAAAAGAAGAGACUUACAUGUGUUUUUAUUAAAUGUCUAUUUGUUAAUCCGAACACCACAAGCACCGGGUCAUCUCGUCUCGCACACAGGAGGGUGCAAGGUGCCAAACGUCAUGCCUUUUGAUCGAUAUUUGGUUCAGAUUUCUUGGUGUAUUCAUCUCAUAACCAGCAAGCUUGGUGUGAUAGUUUACUCUUUUUUUUCUGAAAUGUACUUUAGGAAAUAGGUGUGAAACAUUUGAACGCUUGCUGCGUAAAGGACGUGAUUGUUUCCUCGUCAAUAAAUGAAGUGCACAGUUAUGAUUUCUGCCGAAGACACGAAUAGUAACGAAUGCCGAGCUGUUGAGCGUGAAGGUUCAUUUGUCACCUUUUGAAACAGCAGUUUGAGGGGGGGAAAAUAUCAAAUCUGAACUCAAGGCCCACUUACUAGCUCUUUCCUGGGCUUUCAAAAUUUACAAACUUCAUCAGCAGGUGGAGUUUGCUCGAUUGUCAUGGAGACGGGUCAGCCUCCGUGACCGAAGGUGGUCGUAUAUGACGGAGAGAUCAUUUAAACGGUCUCAUCCUUCUCCUGAGGAAGACCACGAGACAAGAACAAGCUAAUAAGUGGACCUUGAGUGAAGAUUUUUUUAAAGACUCAUCCCCCUUUCAUUUUAAAGAACUGCCACCAAGCGAUUCCAUUUAGUCUCCAAGUCUACCAAGUGUCUUUCUUUGAUUGUGUUGUCCGUUAAUGUGUCGAUGAUCUUAGGUAGGUGACCGGUGCUACUUUCUCUUUCCUGAGUGUAACAUCAACAUACCUCUUGACAUGUUGUCAAGGCCUCCUUCCAAAAUGUCCAUCACAGAGUGAGGGGCAGAGAAAGCCUGGUUUACUUUAACCUGUUAUGCAAAUGAAACACUUUUGUUUUCUUGUCAUGAGAUCCAGUAAACUCAGAUGUCACUAAAAUAUGUGUGUACAGUAUGGCUGAGUUACUUUUGAAAAAAGAAGCUGAAUUGCAGUUAAGUGAAUCGCAUAGAUAGCUUAUAUUGUUGUUUACUUAUAAGUCAUUAAAUGUAUAUUUUUCCAUUUACUUGGGAGGCGACAUGAUUUAAAAUUAUAAGAUAAAAUAUACCUUUUUUUCAGAAUGUAUCUCUGCUGAUUUUGGUCAGACGAGUUCCUCAGUUCUCUGCUCACGUCACUCUCUCACCAUUAAAGUUGCGUCAGUCAUGGUCUCGCUUUCGAGCACUUUUUGUCGCCGUCUGCUUCGGAUCCAAAACCGACACGGACACCAUGCUCUGUAACUCUGUAAGUCUGUUUGUUGAUGCUGCCGGUUCUCAAAGAUGUCAUUCAUUGGGCAGCUACAGUAUUAUCAGAGUAGGAGGUUAUCAUGAGCACUCAUAAUCCUGGAUCUUUACAUUUUGAAAUGUUGAACCUUUUUAUUUUGGUAAACAAGAGAAAAAAAGUGAUUUAUUAGAUUCAAUAAAAUGCAGAACUACCUACAAACCAGAAAGUAAAAACCUGCUCUUCAUUUUGUAACCGGCUUGAUUUUGUUCUCCUACAGCCAACAUAGUGGUUGUCAUACAGUUAAAGUUCACUUAUAAAUAAUAACACUAAUGUGAUAACAGCAAUAUAUAAUAACUCACACACAGCUCAGUAUUUAAAAUGAAUUUAAUAUCUCAAGGGUUGACUUAACUUUUCCUAGAGGCUUUACAUGUGCAUAAUGUACAGACUGCACAUUUACUGUAAUGUACUAAAAUAUUUCAUGAAGACAUGUUGCUUUAAUAAAAAACAAACAAAUAAGAUGCAAAUGUAAACCCAUCCACUGAACUGUAUCAAGUGCUAGUCAAAAAGACUAUCUUUAAAAAAGUUUAGUUUUCAAGAAAAAUGUAAACCUAUCAAAUAAUUUAACUGUUGAGUCCGACAUCUGUUAGACUAAGUUCCAAUAGCAAAAUUAGCAACUUUUAAUAUAACUUUUAAUAUUAGGAUGAUGAAUAAAUGUGUAAGAAACAACACUUGUGAAAAUGCUACUAAACUGAUGCGCUAUAGGUUGACAAGUACUUUAUCUUCAGAUCUUUAACUCAAUAAAACUUUAAAGAAAACAACCGGUGUUAAGAAAUAUAUAUAUUUUAUACGUAUUAGUCUCUAGGAAAAAAAGAACAAACAAAAUCACAUUUGCACAAACCUUUCAGGAAAGGUGUGUUUUCCAAAUGGCAGAGGCUCAGUGACAGGAUUGCGAUCCUCUUUCAUACUCUGGUAAAAACUCUACUUGAUUGGUUUACUGACACUGGCUUUAUAUCUUUUAAAUAAAAUAUAUUCAUCUCUGCCCUUGGAAACAGAAUACUAUACUGCUCACUUACUAUAAUCACAUUUCUGGGGUCAGGAGGAUUUUGAAAUAUACAGUAUUCAUUUCUUUCAGCGUCUUGGCCUGUUUGACUGAGUUAAUCAUGUCUGCCUCGUCCAAAAGAUGUAUGCAAAUGUCACAUCUCAUUCUGCUGAUUGUUGCUUCUUUCUUUCUUUUUUUGCAUGAUUCAGCACUGAGUCCCUUUCUUCUUUUAUCAUGUGGAGUUCAGCUGAUGGGAGUAAACAGAUGAUUAUAUUGUUUCAGUUACUAACCCUAUUGCCUGCGGUGUAAACAUGCGUCUUUGCUGCAUGCAGAGCUAAAACGCGUCCUUUCACAAAGCAACAAUAAUACUAAAG